UGUGUUCUCACUUUGUUUUUGUCUUUAACACAAUCUCACCAUGAAUCAUGUUGCAUUUCUCUUCACAACAAUGUUGUUUCUUCUUUGUUUUGAUGGCAAGGCACAGCAAAAUUACUCUGGGAAUUCANUUCUCAGCUGCAAGAAUGAUGACAAAAUGGGGCCUUCACCUUCAUUCCUCUAUACCUGCAAUGGCCUCAACAAAUCAUGCAUGGCCUUCUUAAUCUUCAAAUCAAGNCCUCCUUUUAACACCAUACUCACAGUUUCCAACCUCACNUCAUCAAACCCAGAAGAGCUUGCAAGAAUCAAUGAUGUAACUGUGCUCACAGAGUUCCCAACUGGGAAAGAAGUGAUUGUCCCUCUNAACUGUUCUUGUUUAAGUAGGGACUAUUACCAAGCUGAAACUGAAUAUGUAUCGGGGCAAUCAUCAACAGAUUUCUCAGUGGCAAAUGAUACUUUUCAGGGUUUGACCACUUGUGAUUCGCUCAUGCGUGCUAAUCCAUAUGGGGAAUUUGAUUUGCAUCCUGGCAUGGAGUUGCACGUGCCACUCAGAUGUGCUUGUCCAACAAUGCAUCAGGUCACAAACGGCACCAAGUAUUUGCUGACAUACUCAGUGAACUGGCAUGAUAACAUUACAAGUAUUGCUACAAGAUUCAAUGUAGCAGCAGGUAAUUUGGUUGAUGCUAAUGGUUUUAACACACCAACAGAAACUCUUUUUCCCUUCACAACUGUUCUUAUUCCUUUGCCAAAUGAACCUCUGAGUUCGAUGACCAAAGUUGUUAGUGAUCCACCAGAUAUGUCACCUUCUCUUAUUUGCAGCUCCAUGAAGUGCAAGUCAAAGGGGAAAUUCUACACUGCUAUUGCCACCACAGGGGGUUCCAUUGUGGUUCUGUGUGUUGUCCUUUAUGGGGGUUUUCUGUUCAGAAAGAGAUCUGCAAGGUUCGUUAAGAGAGGUGAAGAAGGUGAGAAAGCAAAGAGCUUAUCUUCAGAUGAUAUCCGUGGUGAGAUAGCAAUCAUUGAGCAUCACUCUAAAGUUUAUGAGUUUGAGGAAGUACAGGAGGCCACAGAAAAUUUUAGUUCAAAGAAUAGAAUUAAAGGUUCAGUGUUUCGUGGGGUAUUUGGUGAAGAGAAGAACAUAUUGGCUGUUAAAAAAAUGAGAGGAGAUGCAGCCAAGGAAGUGAAUUUGCUGAAAAGAAUCAAUCAUUUCAACCUGAUAAAGCUGNAGGGUUACUGUGAAAACGAUGCUUGUUCUUAUCUUGUUUAUGAGUAUAUGGAAAAUGGCUCUUUGAGAGAAUGGCUAAGCAAAAACAGGACUACAGAGCACCAGAUUUUGGCAAAGAGGAUUUUGAUUGCUCUGGAUAUUGCAAAUGGUCUUCAGUAUCUUCACAACUUCACGGAACCUUCCUAUGUGCACAGGAACAUAAAUUGUGGAAACAUUCUUCUAAACAAAGAUCUAAGAGCCAAGAUAGCAAAUUUCGCACAAGCAGAAGAAUCAGAAAGGAAAAUAACUUCCGGUUGUNCCUUGUCAGAUAUGGAGAGGGGUUAUAUUUCUCCAGAGUAUCUGGAGGCAGGGAUAGUGACCACCAAAAUGGACGUUUAUGCUUUNGGAGUGGUACUGUUGGAAUUGAUCACAAGUGAAGAUUUUGUUACUAUACCAGAAGAGAGAGAAGCAAUGCUUCAUGUAGUCAUAGUAAACUUCAUUGGAAAAGAGAAUGAAGAAGAGAAGGUGAGUNUGUUCGUUGAUCCUAGCUUCACUGGAAACAAUGAGAAAGUGUGUGCUCUCCAGCUAAUUAAAUUAGGUCUAACCUGCUUGAUUCAACAACCAGAAGAGAGGCCAACCAUGGUACAGGUAGUCUCUAGGUUAUUGAAAAUAUAUGUAAGUUAUAUGGACAAAAUACAAAAUAUUUCCUCUUAG